UCGAGUAUGUUGGGUUGGAAACGUUGCACCAUUGCUAUAUUGAAAGAUUCCCAAGUGGGAGAUGGGUUGCAAGAUUCCCACCAUUGAUAUCGGAUUAAAGCUUUUCCUUCCAAAGCCACCAUCACUGCAUGCAUUCUUUCAAUUUCAGAGACUUCUUGCAAACAGAAAUAUCUGUUCAAUCUAUUAGUCCAGCCAAAUGCAUCUUUCCCUGCAAAGAUUGGAAUGUAGUUUACAUCACCUUGAACCUCCCUGCAUCUUCCAAUCUUGCUCAUUGUCUCCUGACGUACAGGCUGAAAACACAUUCUGAUUUGACCCAGACGCUGCAGUGCAUGUUAUCUUUUCCACCACACCCGACAACCCACUGAUUAAAUUUUCCAUCCGUUUCAAACGUUCAUUUUGCACUUGUCCAAUCUUUCUCUAUCACGCUCAAAUUCUUGAAACAAGCAUUCCAAAGUCUCUAAUCUUGAAUCUAUUCUGGUUUUAGCCAUAAGCCCUUACGCUGCCACCACAGGGCCAAGAAAGGAGCUCUGAAUACCAAUUGAUAGGACCACCAGAAUUACAUAAAACCUUCAAGACAGGUUCUUGAAAGACUUUAUUUAGAACAGAACGGUUUUGUCAAUGUGAAAGGAUUACAACAAUGCCUCCUAGGUACAAAGGUCUUUCGAGAGGACCUUAGCUCUCCCAAAACCCCUUUUCCUUCCAAACUCCAAAAACUGCUAACAACAACCUAAACACAGACUAUAUAUACUGGUCUGUUACAACCUAUUAUAGCUAUUGGAGGUUAUAACUACCUCCUUUAUUUAUUUCUUCUAGUAUAGACUUUCUCACUGAACCUAUCACCAUGCUUGUUAGGGUUUCUUGUUCUAGUGACAAGUUGACAGUCUGUGAGAUUUUGAAAUAUUAUAUACACAUGGCAAAGCGAUAAAUGACUGAAACCUCUUAUUAUAAAUUUUAAUACCAAAAGCUGGCCCCCUAUUUUUCUUGUCAACGAUUGUACUCCUAUAAUAUACCCUAUUUUCAGUUAUAUUUGUAACAUUUCAAAUCUCAGGAAAUAUAUGUAUUUCACCUAAGUAUCCGUUUAAUGGAUUUUUUUGUCAGAAAGUACACUUUUCCAGCAAUACUUUUUCGUUUAAAGUGCAGUUGUUAUAGUUAAAAGUUGGCACUCUUAGUCAUCACAAUUUAUUAUUUGAUCAUUGCUCAGACUGGUAAACAAUCUGAUCAGACAAUGAAGAUGUUUUGCUUUGCCAUCUGGGACUUCUUUGUGCGACUGUCUUUAAAUCAGCAUUUUGUUUACUUUCUUUCCACUGAUCUCCACUAUAUAUGUUCAGGAAAAAUCAGAAGAGAAAGUUUCUCUGAGGACUUUGAUAGCCAACCUGAGCAAAUAUUCCAUGCAACAUACGGUAACAAGUGUUAUACUUGGUCUUAUAGCAAUUGGAGCGGUUGUUCUUUUGAACAUUCCACAUCGGGGUUUGAAUGGAGGGAACAUUCAAAUAGGACAAACAAGUGGAAAAAUGAAAGCGAUGUUGAGCAGGAUGAUGAUGACUCGUGUUGUGUGGGGUCAAGUUCCGAUAGAACUAUUCUUGGUCUGCCUCCAACAGGUCCAUUAAAGAUUGAAGAUGUUAAAAAUGCUUUUCGGUUAUCAGCUUUAAAAUGGCAUCCUGAUAAGCAUCAAGGCACUUCCCAGGCCAUGGCUGAAGAAAAAUUCAAACUAUGUGUCAAUGCAUACAAAACAUUGUGCAAUGCUCUCUCUCCAUCUUAGAUGGCCAUAUGGCUUGUUACACCUUACAUAAGUGCACACUCUUACAGAAAGAAGUGAACGAUUGUUCAGUCACGGAAAUUAAUUUUUCGCUCCUAUGGGGUGGUUUUUGAAAUGCUGCGUUGUGUAUUGCGAUGUGAUAAUCAUUAGACAUGACUAUUCUUUUAAGAGUAACUACAACAAAUCAGUCAUCUCAGAUGGGUUUGUUAACAGAAUUAAAUGCAAUGGAAUCAUUCUCUUUUUUUUUUUCCUUUCAUCAGGCUUACAGUUUCAUGUG